AUGCAAGACAAUGUAAGUCAUGGCACGGCAGGCCAGGACAAGUCAAGUCAAGAGCAAGACUUUGGCAUGGCAAGACAUGGCAAGGGAAAAGCAAGGCAUAUCGAGGCAGGGUAAGGUAGAGUAGUAGGGCAGUGUGAGGGAAGUAAGGCAUUCUUUUUUGAUCUUGAAGAUCAAUUUCUAAAAUAAACUUCUAAAUUAAGAACCUGUCAAUACACUUUUCGAACAUAAAAUGUUAUUUUUACCCUCAAUGAGCCUUUGUUCCCCACUAUUAUCAACCAAAGAAUCAUAAAAUUUCACUGUAUCUAUUAUCUUCUUGUUCAGAAACCUGUCAAUUCGAAUCUUGAACUUCCUUGUCGAUAAUCGAGAGAUUGAAACUGGGCUUCUAAAAUUAGCCAAUUGGCCGUUUUUGGUCAUAAAACAUGAACUGUCAGUAAUAAAACCAGGAAGAGUUGGGUUUGGGCUGUCACGAAUUGGAUUGGUUUAUGAUCAGGAAGUUGAAGAGGUUAUUGAUAGGGUUAGUCAUUAUUGGUUUUUUAGGCUUGGUAAUUUUUUUUUGUUUUCGAAGAGUGUAGGCUUAGAAAUUUGAGGUUUUAGGCUUGUUUCUUCCAGUUUUUAGUUUUUAGGUUUGUCUCACCUUAUUUAAAAAAAAUUUAGGUUUGUCGAUUGCUGUAGGCUUAGACAUUUAAGUUUUUCGGCUUGUUUAUUUACUUCUUUAGCUUUUAGGCUUGUUUCUUCUUAUUUUUAAGGCUUAUGACCAGGGCCGGGCGGGGACUUUUGGUCUGGGGGCAGGGGUCCAAAAAAUCGACACAGGCUACCUGUGCCGAUUUUUUGCAAAAUUUUUUUUUCGAAAAUCCACAGGGGGACCACGUUCAACUUUUUUCAAAACUUUUUUUUCUGGGGGGGGGGGGGGGUACCCCGUCCCCCCCUCGCGCCCGGCCCUGGUCAUAAUCUAAACUUUUUUCUUCUUGUUUGUUUAAUUAUUUAGACAUUGUUAAGCUCGGACACCUCUGUUAUCAGGUAG